UAUGGACCCCCAUCAACAUAAUGGAUCCAGCGCUCAUCUGGUGGAUUUUACAUUUUUGUCUGAUCAAACAGGUAAAUUCAGAACCGCGCCAACCAAAGCCAGAGUUAUUGGCUAUGGAUGAGGACCCAAAAUGUUUCACCAGGAAUCUAGAAGACUUCACUUGCUUUUGGGAAGCCCCUCUUGGCAAGUCCUAUGAUUUUCUUUAUAUAGUUGAAGGAAUAAUGGAAGAAAAAAGAUGUGAUGUGAAACAACAAACUUCUAAAGAGAAGGUCCUCAACAUUUGUACAUUCCCACCAAGUGACGUCUAUCUGUUUGUGGAGACACACAUCAGAGUAUUAUACAAAGACACCAACACUACCAUCUACAGUCGUGCUGUCAGUGUGGAAGACCAGCUUCUGCUAUAUCCACCAUCAAACAUAUCCCUUCAUCCAACUGAGGAGGUGGGCCAAAUGUUAGUGAAAUGGAAAAGAACAAACAAUGAGCGAGAAAUUCGUUACAGCUUCAAAAACACAAGCACAAUUAGACCAGUGUCAGGAAAUGUCUAUAAGCUUGUCUCACUGGUCCCAGGAGAGAAUUGCACUGUGCAAAUGAGAGUCAAACCUAGUGGUGACUUCAAAAGGUUUUGGAGUGAUUGGUCGAGCCCUGUAACAGCUAUGGUGCCACAAACAGCAGGUGACAUAGAGUUGAGGUGCCACACUCCUGAUCUGAUUCAAAUCAUUUGCAAAUGGAGGGGAGACUUAUAUGAGGACAGCAGAUACAACUUCUACUAUAAACAUUUAAACAGAAGUUCAUGGAGCAGUUGGAAGUUGUGUCCCAAUUGCAAUAACACCCUCCAUCAGUGUGUCCUGUAUGGCCAGGAGUCCAGUGUCUUUAAGUUUUACCUCGAUACUGGGUUGCAACCAUUCAGCCGAACAUUUUAUGCAGAGACUUUUCAUAUGAACAGUAAAGUACAGACAAGGCCUCCAGAAGGUCUGAAAGUACAGCCUGAGGAAGAAAGGCUUUGUUUGACAUGGGAUUCACCCUUUCUGGUCAUUUCUAAUCAUCUAAAGUACCAGAUCCGUUAUCAGCAUCAUGAAGAGAAUGAGUGGAAGGAUUUUACAGCUACCGGAUCCAAGACCAGCACUUGUCUGGAUGUGCACAGAGGGAGCCAAUACACCAUCCAGAUUCGAGCGCAACCCAAUGGAUCUGUGUACAGUGGAGACUGGAGUGACUGGUCAAAACCUGUUACUACCAACCUACCUUUAAGCAAAGAGUGGAUUAUUUUUGUCUGCAUACCAGUGGCUCUGAUCAUCAUUGCAACUGCAGUCAUCUCUUUCUUCUCCAAAUACUUCCGAAAGGUCAAGAGCUCUCUAUGGCCACCAGUACCAAACCUCAACAAGGUCCUGGAAAACAUCCUGACUGAUAUCAGUGGAUCACACUGGGAGCCAACCUUCAACAUCAAGCAAUGUGACGACGACACUGCUACAUCAGUGGUGGAGGUUCUCACUGAGGGGGAAUCUGUGGUCAAAACCUGUAAGAGCUCCACCUGUCCUCUGCUCUCUGAGCGCAGUGAAAGUCAUGGAGAGAAUUUCACAGAGAACUUGGAAAUGGCGCAAGAUUAUGUGAUUUUGAACAACAAUAUAAUCCCAUGCCUUAUGGGCAACGACUACGCGUACAAGGAUGUUGCUUCAAAUCAUCUGCCUAAUGAAAAACUACACUGUUGCCCCAGCAUCUCUUACACCUCCCUACCAGAACGCACCACAGAUAUCCUCAACCAUUCCUAUCUCCUUCUGGCAGAACAAUCUGAUCUUGAGGAGUAUCAUUCAACCUGUGGCCAGUACACCAAUCUGGAGAUCACAGCAGUAUCAUGUGUGCAAUUGGAGAGUGAGAUUUAAUGUUAAAAUAAAGCUCAUAAUCUUGUAUAUAUUAAGGGUUCUCUAACAAAUGUAUAUUAAAAAAAAAAAAAAAAAACAUUCAGCUUCUGUAGA